AUGAGUGAAGAAAUCAGACUCAACGACUCCAAGUUGGGGACCCAGGAGUACUGGAACAACUUCUACAAGAGAGAAAUUGAGAACUUCAUCGACAACGAAAACGAUACUGGAGAGUGCUGGUUUGACGACUCCGAUGCAGAACGCAAGGUAGUGGAGUUCUUCUGUGAUGUUCUCCAAGAUGGAGACAUCGAUAAUAAUUUGAAAGUGGUUGAUCUCGGCACUGGAAAUGGUCACUUCCUCUUUGAACUUCUCGAUACCGUCAGCGAAGAGGUCCCUGAGGCUCAACUAGAAUACCACGGUAUCGACUACUCACCUGAGUCGAUUGAGUUUGCUAAGCAGAUUUCUAUUAGGAAGUAUCCUGACGAAAAGUUCAUUUUCGAAGAGGUUGACUUCAUCAAUAAGGAAUGUAGCUACUUGGUUGAUAACGAAGCGAAAUUCGAUAUAAUUUUUGACAAGGGAACGCUUGACGCCAUUGCAUUGAACAACGACCCUGUAGAAGGUUUUGGCACAAAGAUCGGUACGGAAGUGUACCCUUUCCAGGUGUCUAAGUUGAUGCAUAAGGACUCGCUUCUUAUCAUCACCUCGUGCAACUUUACCGAAGAAGAGCUCAUUAAGGUGAUCACCGGAGACGGAUCCAACAGACUUUCCGUGUGGAAGAAAAUCGAUUACCCUUCGUUCCAGUUUGGCGGUGUCAAGGGAUCUACCAUUUGUAGCAUAGCAUUUCGUAAAGAUUAG